CAGUCCCCGGCUCUGAGCUUCUCCCUGCCCAUGAUCUGCCUCUUCAGAUCCCUCAGCGUGAUGUGCGGGCCGUCAAAAACCACCGUGUCGUAGCUGAGUUUGGAGGAGAAUUUAUAAUGAACAUGAGUCAUGCUGAAAUCAAGCAAAAACGCCGUCAGAAACCCGACAGCUGACAGUUUCUCUGCGAUGACAGAAACCCUGUAUCGUGGUACUUCCUAUGGCUCAAAGUUAGCUAGCUAUCUGCUGUUAGCAGACCAGCUGCGUCGAGCGUCAGCGGUCCACCGCUAACAAGCUAGGUCGUUAAUUAACAACUGCCCGAUAAAGUGGCGUUGACAGGAUGACAUUUCCCGGCGUCUGGUGGAACAGCAGCAGAGAUUCAAACCAAAGCGCAUUCAGUUAGUUUCGAGUCUAAUUUGAACUUUAAUUCCUGCUAAAGCUGCUCUCAACCCGAAGUGUUCUCUGACAGAAACCACCAGCUGUUUCCACAAGCAACUGCUCGUCAGCACAGUGCACGCACCAUCUGAUGCUGCGUUCACGGGAUCCCAUAAGACUCCAACUUACGAGCAUCCAAUGAUUCAGCUAACGCACCCUGGCCUGAGCCAUUCGGUCCGGUUGCCCCUGACCAAGAUGACCCUCCUGAGGCUGAAGUUCAGGCUCCUGCUCCUCAGCAGUCCUCCUCAGACUCUGAGGAGAUGCAGGGUCCUGAUGGCCAGCCAGGAUCAGUGCAUCCUGAAGCUGGCCAAGGGCCUGUUGUUGCUUUCCGACAAGAUGGUAGACAGACUCAUCGUGCUCUGGAUACACCUGCCAGAGCAGGACAAACAGCUAGUAGUCUACCUUCCCAGACACCGGGUUCUUUUGCGCCAGAAGGAGAGGGAGAGGUCUGUGCUGGAGCAGGGAACUAGUGUCGUCCCUGCUCCAUCUGUUGCUGACCAGCCUCUCCCUCUAGCGAAAGGGCUGUCCUCUGUACAGGUGGAACAAGGACAGCUAUUCCACUGCAACGUCCCCACUGAGGAGCAGCCUGGAAAGUCCGGCAGCACUCCUCCUCCUCCAGGUGGCCGUGGCCUUGUCCCUCCUCCUCCUCCUCCUCCUCCUCCUCCUCCUCCUCCAGCACUGCUGGUCUCCCUGUUGGUGGUCUGGCUGACUCCUGCCCCUUGUGCCCUGUCAGAGGAACGAUCGACAUCAGUCCCGUUGGUGAUCCAGCCGAGUCCUGCUCGUGUCAAGUCCGUAGUCCUGCCCGUGGUCCAGACUACACCACCUCCUCGUUCCCUGUCCACAAUCCUUAGCCCAGAAGACCAGUCUCUGGUUCCCUGUUGUGCUGCUUCCCUGCCGGCGUCAAGUCCAGCUCGGCCUCCACAGUGGAUUCGCCUUCGUCACAGGCCUCCUACCCGACCUCCGGAGAGACCCUGCAUUUGCCGCCGGCCUCCAGUGAGGUUCUGCCUUCGCCGCCAGCUCAUCGCUGUUGGUCUUCGGUUCGGCCUCCAGAGGGUCUCCACCUUUGCCGUGGGCCCCCAGCCCGACUUCCUCGCUGGCCCCAUGGAUGUCCAAUCCUCCUGUGGGCUUUUGCCCUGUUCAGCCUGUUGGGUCAACACCCGGGAUUUCCCCCCCAACCGACCAGUUUCUCUGCCCUGCCUCCGUGCUGCCCGCCUGAUGUCCGCUGUUCCCUCUCUGCCUUUGAAUUUCUUUUUUUUUUUUUUUUUUCCCCAUUUUGGAGGGAAGGGGGAUUGCUCCCAUAAAGUGGAAUACAUUUACACCUCAGACCCUCUCUCGCUCCUGCAGCAUCCUCCUCCUUCCACCACCUCAGCAGCAGGACAGACGGGGGCUGGUGUCUUGGCUGUGCUGGAUGAGACCACAGACAAGGAGCUGCGAGAGGAGCAAGGAGCAAGACCCCCCUCUAUAACCUCCAGCAGCCCUCAUCAUGGUCCAGCUUGCAGUCACCGGCUCCUCUCUACACAGGAUCUGGCUUCUGCAGCUGACGUGCCCCAAGCCUUUAUGCACCGGGUCAUGACAAAGGCUGGGUUGUACAGGACUAUCCGGAGGGUCCUGGACAUCGACGGUUGGUAUCUCAUGCUCAGUGAGUACCUGGAGUGCUUCUAUGUAAGAAGGUCUUAGGUUGGUCACAGUGCAUCAUAAGGCAGCUGUCCCCCACCUACAGAUGGCAGUUUCCAGUUGUACUCAUGUACAAGCAGUCCUGUGACGAGAGGGUGGUUGCACAACUGAGGUCUCGCACUCUGGGUAACAGUGCUAUUCCGCUGUACAACACCCUGCGGGAGCAACAUUCAGGCGCCUGGAUGCGGAAAGCGAUCCAGUACCUCGACGUGUGCGAGCAGUUCCUGGCCUUGUGCUCGGUGAGGGUGCAGUUUCCACCAUCACCCAUCUAGCUGCUGACAGUGUAUGAUGUCCUGAUGCGGCUGGAUGACUUUGCUUUUAUACCACUCUAUGUAUGUUGCCACCCAGCCAAGUUGAACCAGAUCAGAUCGCCCCAGAGGAGAGGAAAUAGUGCAGGGACAGAAGCCAUGCUGGCCCAGUUUGGACCAAGCAACGGUAUAUCAGAGACUGUUGUGCCCACAUCUUUACAGAGACCUGCUCCACCAACAUCCCG